GUCGGGGCUCAUGUGUUGUCGCUGAUAAGAAAAGGUUGAAAGGGUCCAAAGGGAAUUAACUGAAGAAAACAAAGAAAGGGUCAUAAAUCUUGGAUAGCAGGAGAAAAUAGAAAGAAGCAGAAAGAAGAAAACAAGACCCAGCGGACAGUCACUGCGAAGAGACAUGUCACGUCACGGAGUGUUGGUGUAACUUGAAAGGCAACCAUCCCCACCAACAACUCAACUAAGUGAAUAGAGUAUCAAAUAAGGCUCUAACGUAUAAAUGGAGUGAAUAAAAGGCAUAAGUAGCGUAAAAAGGCCAAAGAAAUGUGAGGGAGCGGGAGGAGUGGACAUUGGGGAGCUCACACAGGAGAGGAGGCGGCAAGUCACGAGUGGGCGAGGUAAACAAACGUCAUCUGAUCACAUUCCUGCCCAGCGGCCACCUCCCUUCUGGAAAUGUUCUCUGGCAGGAAGGAAGACAAGCCCCGCCGAGCCAGGAGGGGCGGGAACCUUGCCAUGCUUGGACUGAUGGACGUGCCAGACCUUGACAGCCCCAGUGACGGUGAGGGGGACGCAGCACUGGAGGCCGAACUGCUGGCACUCACUGGGGGCGGUGGCACUCAACCUCCAAAGAGAAAAGGGAAGGCUGUGGUGUCCCCGGACCAGCUGGCUCAAAUGGUUUCUAACUGCAUGAGGGACAAUGAUGAUGAUGAGGCCUUGGAUGAAAAUGACCCAGAUCUGUUGGCAGAGCUGUCAGCCUUGAAUCAGGAGGAUGCCAGAGAGAGCAAAGAGACAACCCCAUCCAGACCAGCACCAGCAGCACCACGAAGAGAAGCAUCCGACUACCGCAACCCAGAGCCUUUCCUCCCCAGGCAGGCCCCAAUGGCUGCAGGGAAGAGUGUGCUGGAGCUGAUUACAGAGAGGAUAGCCAUGUAUGAGGCAGCAGAGGCAGAGGCAAAGGCUGGUGGGGAGUCCUCCAGGGCACGCAGGUUCAAUCGUGGCCUUAAGACAUUAAUGCAAAUGCAGAAGAAUGCAAAAGCCGGCAAGCCAAUCAAUGAAGAUGAGAUUCCACCGCCUGUCGUGGUGCGUGGCGUUGACAGAACACCAAGGGACGCCACACCAGCAGCACCACAACCUGUAGAGGAUGCCCUGCCUGCUGCCCCAGUCCAUAACAAAGGUGUGGCCCCAGUGUCCAUCCCUCACAGUGUGGCCUUCAGUGAGCAGAGCCGUGUCUCCCCACAGCCCCAGCCCAGCAGCCAGAAAGAGCCACAAGAUCCACACACUGCCUCACCGGCCCCGCAGCAACCAAAACAGCCAGCCGAGCCCCCUCCCCCCCUGCAGAGAACAUCGUCGAUCUCCUCGGCUCCCUCUGGCCCAGCAGCCACCAUCCGACAGCUCCACACGCAGUACAAGACUGCGGCAUUGCUGGCUAAGAGGGCUGGCAACAAGGACCAGGCUAUUCAAUACAUGCGCACUAUGAAGCAAAUGGAACCGAUGCUCAAGGCAGCUGAGAGUGGACAGCCUGUUGACCUCACCACUCUCCCCAACCCACCAGGUCAAGCACCUUCCUCCCAGCCACCUCCCAGAGAGACCCUGAGUGACACCAUCACUCCCACACACCAGUUUGCAGGCAGUGGCACAGAGUCUCUCAAGGCAGCAGGAGAGGCAGGAAGCAAGGCUGAGGCAGCCCCAGCACCUGGAGACCCCGCUUGCCCUGCUUCAGUACUGGAGGCCCUGCAACAGAGACUGGCCAAGUAUACAGAGCAGCGGGACAAAGCCAGGGCUGAGGAGAAUGCCCGCAAGGAACGCAUGAACCAGCGCAUCAUGAAGCAGUACGAGGAUGCCAUCAAGAAACACAAGGCAGGGAAACCAGUGGACUUUGAUGAAUUGCCUUCCCCACCAGGCUUUGCUCCCAUUCCUGUUGGUGGAAGCUCGGCUCCUCCCGUGACUGCGACUCCUGCCUCGGCUGCUGGAGAAAGCACCACGGGGGGACCACCACCUCCUAAGCAGCCUCGCCCCGCCCCGAGUGUCCCCUCUACAGAUGCCAAACCUGCAGCUCCUCCUAAGAAUGUGAGACAAGCCCCCCUGUCCCGUGUGGAGAAGCAGAUGGCGCUGCUCACCCGCCGGCAGACCCAGUUCAAGCAGGCAGCGCUGGAGGCCAAGAAGCGCGGGGAGAUAGAGCAAGCCAAGGAGUACCUCAGGAUGAGCAAAGGCUUCGACCAGUUGAUUGAAGCCACACGCAAUGGUCUGCCUGUUGAUAUGAACACUUUGCCUGUGCCACCACAAGAGAAGGUGCCCCAGAGUAGCAGCACAGACUUUGAGCUGGUGAGUGCCGACGACUGUGUUGUGGCACCAGAGGGCACGAGUGGUGAUGUGGCGCUCACCUACACUAAGCUGGAGGAGGACCUCAUUGCCCAGAUCAAGAUGUGUGCAGAGACACGGGAACACUUCAAGGCAACCGGGGAUGUGGCAAGCUCCAACCGCUUCGAGCAGCUCAUCCUGCACACCAAGAAGGACCUGGAUGCUGUGAGGGCUGCCUUCAAGAGGGGCAACACUCCACCACGCUUCCACUAUGAAAACAGAUCCUUCAACAUCAUCCAGUGUAACACAGACAUCAAUGACUCAGAUUGCGAGGUGAACAUUCUCCGAGGAAUUAACUUCAACGUGCAGAACCCCAAGGAAGUGGACACUUACAUCAGGGUGGAGUUCCCGUACCCAGCGGACAACCCACCUCAGGACCGCAGCGUUGUCAUCAAGGACACCAACAACCCCGAGUACAACCACAAGGUCGUGUUCAGCAUUGACCGCAAGUCCAGAGCACUGGCCAGGGUCUUCAAGCGGCAGGCCAUCAAGUUCCAGGUCUUUGCUAAGGGAGGUUGGUUCCAUCGUGACACUGUGCUGGGGUCAGUCAAAGUCCCAAUGGUGGAACUGGAGACCAAAUGUACUCUACACGACUCCUUUGAUUUGAUGGAUGAAAGGAAGCGCAUGGUGGGUGGGAAGCUGGAAGUUAAAGUACGUCUUAGGAAUCCCAUUGUGGCCAAACAACUUGAAAAAGUCACUGAAAAGUGGCUCGUGAUUGAUGGAUUUUGAGACACACUGUCUGUCAAUCUUGGAGGCAUCCUUCAGGAAGGUAUCUCCUCCCCAUUUAUUGUCCAUGACACAGUAAUCAGUCUUGCAGCUUGAGCCGAGUGAUGUCCAGUCAAGUGUUUAGGUAGGAUAAUUUUGAUUGUAAUACUAUGUGCAAUAUUGGAGUGUAUAGACUCAAAUUGUUGGUCUGUCAGGGACUGUAAGCUGCCAGAGUUUCUUUAGUCAUAACUAGAUGUCAUAGUCAAAGUGGUGACAAGACAGCAGCACAGCCAGGCAGCGCUGCACAACACAAUGCCUUACACAACACAUUAGAGGAUAAAAAAAAAAGCUUUUCAUUAAUUAUUUAUUUUUUCAACACAAGAGGAAGCUGGCCAGUGACUUAAGUAAUAUUUAGAGAAAAAUCUUUAAGAACACACACACACACACACAUACACACAAUCAUGUAAAUGUUACUUUCAUAACAGUCAAGGUCUGCAUGCCAGCUAUUAAUACUCGUGGGAUAUUACCUGGGUAGUGGAAGGUAUUUAUCAGUAGAUUAACAAGAUGCUUGAUUUGCUCAGCUUAAGAAAUAUGUACAGUGUCUCAGGUGAUGUAUCCCUACUCUGACUGUUUUGGCUUCAAUAAGUAGUACUUCAGGUCUGAGUGUAUUGUCACAAUAAAUCACCUAAGUUUU